UUUUAAGUCUCUCUAUCCGUCGACUGAUACAUCGAUUAGAGGCGAGAUCUGCAUAAGAUAUAGACUGCCCCCCAGCCUACUUUCAGAAGCAGCCACCCCAUCCUGCGAUGUCAGACAGAUCAGCAGGAAUCCCCGCCAUCACAGGUCAGAUCGACUACUCGAAAGCUUGGCAUGUUUUUCCGGAUUAUCUUCAACCAUAUCGAACUACCUUGCUUGCCUAUGGAGCAUCGUUUGCAUCCACAACCAUUGGGUUCCCCAUGGACACAGUCAAGACUCGGAUGCAGACCCAUAAGAACUUUACCUCCUACUUUGACUGUGUACGUAAGACAUACAAAGUGGAAGGAAUAAGAGGUUUCUUCCGGGGAAUAUGGGCGCCUUUGAUCUCCACAUCAAUGGCCAAAUCAUUGAGUGUUGGGAUUUUCACUCUGGUUAAACCAACCGCAUAUCGGGCGAUAUAUGGAAAUGACACAACAAUAGGAGACACACAUCCAGUGUUGAAGAAUCUCCCAGUUUGUAUGGCCUCUGGGUUCAUUUCUGGAGGUGGAGUGUCACUUUUUGCAUGUCCUUUUGAAUUCACAAAGGUUUAUGCUCAAAUUUCUCGACUUGUUCAAAGUAAAUCUAUGAAAGAUCUCCCACAGCAUCUUCAAACUAACCAUCAGGAAGUCGUAAGCCCCUCUACAACCAAAACAUUCCGUCAAAUCGUUCGACAUGAAGGAUUCCGCGGAUUGUAUACUGGUUAUAAAUAUCAUUUCUUGAGAGAUUCCAUCUCAUCCGGAGUAUACUACUCCAUCUACGAGUCCCUUAAGUGGACUAUGAAUAGCAUCCAGGAGUCAUAUCAAAUCGGGUCUCCUCAACUAUCCAUCUUGUUGGCUGGAGGUUUAUCGGGGAUUCUUAGCUGGACUUUUGUCUUUCCGUUCGAUACCACAAAGUCACUUAUUCAAAAGGAUGUGGUGACCAAUAUUCUCCGUAAGGAACAAGGUUUGAGCCCACUCCCUCCUAAAGAAAGGAAACUUCAAAAAUUCGAACGUAAGUUAUACAGAGGGUUAGGAAUAUCAGUCACUAGAUCAUUCAUGGUGAACAUGGUUUUCUUUAGUGUUUAUGAAUUUGCAAUGUCUCACAUUGCUUGAUGAACAAGAUAAACUUUAUAGAUUGCAUAUAUUUAUUCAUAUAUAACACAAUUGUCCUACAAAAGCGGGCAAAAUAAUUAGACGACUAUGAAUUUAAGAAUAGUGUAAGCUAUCAAGAAUAAACAGUGAACAUGUCUACUUCUUACAUAAUCUAAUAUGUAUCGUGUCUAUUAUACCAUUA